UACUCAUCAGCAGUAAAACACAAACACCACCACAACUGUGAUAACUUUACAGACCGGGAGCACCGUCAACGCAGCAGUCUGUAUCUGCAGGUCUUUCUAAGGUUUCGGCUUAAUCUGACGGUGUCCGUCAAGUCUGAAGUUUUCAAAGGUUUUUUUUCUUCUAAUUCUUUUUAGGGAAAAGAAAAGGAUUCACCCCCUGAAUUUUUUGGUGGGAGCAUCUGACUGAUGCAAACAGGUGCUUACUCUGUCUCUGUGGUGCUAAAUCACCCAACAUCACUUCCCUGCGACUGUGGUGAACAAGUGGAGUGGAAGAAGACCUUUCCCAUAGAAGCAACUAUUGCUAAGUGCCAAAAGGAGAAAUGCAUCAUAGAAGAACAUUUUCAGGAAAGAUUUGCAGUCACACCUGAAAAAAACUAUUCUCUAUUUCUCACGUCAGCAAAAUACAAUGACCUGGGGCAAUACGUGUGCAGUUGUGACGGCUUUGUCAAGUCAGUUAAGCUGGAGGUUGUGGUUCCUAUAAAUGUGACAGCCGUUGAGUUGGAAAACGUCACUCUUCCGUGUUAUGCGGAUACCCAAAGAGAUGUCAGGGAUGUGACGUGGCUACAUAAUGAACAAAAUGUUCUGCACUACACUGAAAAUGGAGCCACAAACCCAGGCGAUGACUAUGAGGGCAGAGUAUCGCUGACAGAUGACGGAUUCAGGGACGGCGAUGUGUCUCUCACCAUCACUGGCAUCCAAAAGAGAGAUGCUGGGUUAUACCGCUGCUUUGUUCAUAAGGAAAAUACUAAAGGAGAACCACACGCCUACAUGCUGCAUGUCAAAGAGAAGUUCACCAGUGCAGGAGGAAACCAAACUGAGGGCAGCAACAAUGAGAAACCACCUCACAUUGGACUGAUCCUAUCUUUGUCACUUUUCUUGUUUAUCAUUUGCUUUUUUCUUAUUCUUUUAUGGUGUAAGAAGAUGGCAGCAUCACCCACAGAGGAAACUGCAGAUAGAGAGCCCAUACCGGAGAGUGACCAAAAGCUUUCCACUCGUCCUUUUUUUACUGGAGAUGAGCCCUAUGAACUGCCAAACUGGAGAAAGAAUGAUUACAGUCAUUCUAAUAAUGAAAAUACUGACUCCACUCAAACACAGGAACAUGAUUGUUAGCAGUGUCAUUCAUGUAUAGCUGGCAGCUGCUUGUCUGAUGCAGAAGAACAAAAUAUGAAAACUGCCAUCAUGGGACCACAGAACAUAUUGAACACCAUUGUGUUUCAGUGUGCGAGAACAAUUGUUUGUUGAGUUUACACACUUUCCCUGUGGAUGGACAGCACAAAAUGUAGAUAGACUAUGUUCAGUGCUAUAAAAGAGUUGUUUUUAUUUUAAGAUUUUCUUUACACAAAGAUCUAGUGACAUUUUUUAAUGAUCACUCUUAUAGUUCAAAAGAAUAACAGAUGUAUGUGACCUGGACCACAAAACCAGUCAUAAGUAGCACGGGUAUAUUUGUAGCAAUAGCCAAAAAUACAUUGUAUGGCAAAAUUAGCGAUUUUAUGUUGUGAUAUUAAGAUAUUUUGUAAAUUUUCUACUGUAAAUAUAUCAAUAUAUUUUAUUUUUUGAUUAGUAAUAUGCAUAGCUAAGAACUUCAUUUGGACAACUUUAAAGGUGAUUUUCUCAGUAUUUUGAUUGUUUUUUUUUUGUUGUUUUUUUUUGGCACCCCCAGAUUCCAGAUUUUCAAAUCUUGACUAAAUAUUAUGAUAUCCUAACAAACCAUACAUCAAUGUAAAGCUUAUUUAUUUAACUUAUUAUUUAUUUAUAACUUUCAUAUUAUGUAAAUUUCAAAUUAAAAAAAAAAAAAAAUCAAUUUUAAAAAAUUAAUCCGUAUGACUGGUUUUGGUCUAGAGUCACAUAUAAUAAGUAAUAGAUUUUUAGCAGCCCCUUACAGCCUCUCUUACUGUCUCCUCUUGAUUUAGUUACUAGUCAACUUUGAGAAUGUGUGUGAGUGUAGAAAUGCACAUGGCCUUGUAUUUGUCCAUAACUGCUGUUUUAAGGUGUUCCUUUCUUUUAUUCUUGGCUGCCUUAUUUCUCGUUCAAUUAUAUUUCAUUAAGGUUACAUUAUAUAUUUGUCACGUUGGACUUGGACCUAUAUUAUGGAUUCUUUCUAUUCAACAUAUGAACUGUAUUAACCACCUAAUAAAGCUUUAAGAUUUGUAUAUAUACAGAUGAAAAUA